GCUACAAUAAACAUAGAGAGUCCGAUGUAAUUGAUAUUCUCUUUCUUGUUAGGCAUGCAUUAAUACCCCCUGUGCAUGCAGCCCAUUCUUUGCUAACCUUUCAAUUCAUGGCUAUACCGCCCAAAUCUCACUUGUUUAAUGAAGAAGAUCUCCUCAGCUUUGUAUUUAAAGACACGCCCAUGUAAAAACUUAUAGCCACAUAUCUCCAAUGUAUCUGUUCUAAAUAUUUUCUCUGUGAGGAACUAAAAACUUCUCUUCAUUUCUGGAGUUCACCAUGGAGCAACUAAGUGCUGAUUUUUUAUCAUCUCUACCCAAACAUAAAUGGUGCAGAGAUGAUAUCAUCUACCAAUUCGAUGGCUUUUGGUUUAGACUCCCAUAUCUUCAAGGAACUCUUAAGCUUCUCAAAGACUUCAAGCCACUUCCCACUGAUGUUAUCCUAGCUUCUUUUCCCAAAACUGGCACAACAUGGCUCAAGUCCCUCCUAUUCGCCAUCACUCAGCGUUCCUCGAAAGCCUUGUUGAACUCCACCAAUCCCCAUGAUCUAGUCCCAACACUGGAACUUCAAGUCUACUCAGCAAAUCCUACUCAGGCUGAUAUGUUAACAAGCUGUGAUGCAAAUCCUAGGAUCUUCAGUACACAUGUACCUUACCAGAUCCUGUCCAAAAGUGCCAUUCACUCGUCCGAAUGUCGGAUAGUUUAUGUCACAAGAAACCCAAAAGACACGCUCAUUUCAUUGUGGCAUUUCGUGGGAAAAUCUCAGAUGUCUCAGAUCAAGCCAUGGCCUAUAGAGGAAGCCGUGGACAGGUUUUGCGACGGAGUUGUCCCUUAUGGACCAUACUAUGAUCAUGUUUCACAGUUCCGAAAGGAGAGCUUGGAGAGGCCUCAGAGAGUUUAUUUUGUAAGCUACGAGGAACUGAAAAUUGACACCAAGAAUCAAGUGAAAAGUUUGGCUGAAUUCUUAGGCUGUCCUUUUGAAAAAGAAGAGGAAGCAGAGGAGAUUGUAAAGAUGUGUGAUAUCCAGACACUGAAGCAGCAUGAGAUUAACAAGUCUUCUGAUUUGCCAGAUUGGUUUGAAUUGCCGUACAAUUCUUUCUUCAGACAAGGCGAGGUUGGGGACUACAAGAAUCAUCUGAGUUCCGGGAUGAUCCAGCGUAUUGAUGACAUGACUAAGGAUAAAUUUCACGGUGCGGGUUUAAUGUUUGGAGUUUAAAUUGCUAAAACAUCUGCAAACUCUGCAUGCUGCAGACAAGGAUUUCCUUUUGAACAUGUGAGGAUAUGAUUAAUUAUCUAAUAAAAAAACUGUGCCAGUUUAAGGUAGGUUCUGAGUUUGAAUUACCAUUUAGAGGGAUUUUCGUGAAAUUGCUAUAAUAUUUUCAGAUAUCUUUGA